GAAGUUACGUGACUUUACGCGUUAAAGCCUAUUAUUUAGGUUGUUUCAAGAAUUUCUAGAAAGACUUUAACUUACUUUACCUCAUCAACCGACUGAACUAGACCUUGACCUUGACCUUGACCUUCAACCCCAACCUUGAAAUUGCAUCUUGGACCAUGGCUACCCCAGAUAUUGGCAAGCUAGACCUAUCAGACUCAGACAAUGAGGAUCUUUUUGCAUCCCCCUCCAGACCUUCAAAGUCGAAAUUAAAGGCUCCAAACAAAACUGCAGAGAGCAGUGGGCCGGCGCAUAGAAGUGGGGGAUCAAAAUAUGACGCUGAAACAGCAAGGGAAGCGGCUCUACAAAAGGAAUUAGAAGGAGUGCGCAAUAUCAAUGAACUUAUAGAAGGAGUACUGGGCAGCUUAGAUCUUGCCAAAGGAAACAUGGAUGUAAGAAGAAUUUGUGUAUUGGUAGAUAUUUCGUUGUAGCUAAGAAUCAUUUCAGACAGUUUCACAAACGGUCACAUCAGCUUCAACGCUGCUUAACACAUGGAUUCGCAUACUAUCGCAGACGGAACACAAUCAAAGGUUGAUCUUAAAUCCAAAUUGGCGAGGCGCAAGUCAGGACAUUGCAGAUAUGGAGAAUGAGCAGGUAUUGAAAGCUCAAGCUGCUGAACGUCGAGCCGCAGAGGAGGAGCGAAGAAGAGAAACUGCGAGGCAAAGAGCGGAGGACGAAGAACGGCAAAGACAAGCUGGCACAACAGUUCGUGGUAGUAGGGGAGGGAGAGGAAGACCUAGAGGAGGCGUGUCAAGAACUGGAAGUGUUAGCUCAUCAGGAUAUGGCCGUGGAAGUUCGACAGGCUCAAGCGCAGGCACUGGCAGAGGUGGGUCAGGUAUUGGACGAGGUAUCCCACGAGGGAGAGCACGAGGCGUACGAUAAAUCAUUCAAAUCAUUCGCUGCAAUGUUCUACAUGAUGGUAUCUAGGGAUGUGCCAAUCCGGAUCGAUCUUACCCAACACCCUACCCAAAUCCCGCUCCAACGCCAACUUUCCUUAAGAAUAAGUACAAUCAUUUCUUUUUGAAAAAAUCAUUCAUCUUCUUCAUGCCACUAGUGUUGACUUUCUUUAAGUUCUUGACACCUCGACUCUCACCAGCCUUCCUCCUCCUAUCCUCCU